UUAAUACCAGAACAGUGUACGCGAGGGAUCAACACUAAUACACGCAACUCGUCGUUUCUACCAGUUCUUCUUUUCUCUUCUCUUAUUUGAAGAAACGUCGAUAGAUUCACACUUUCGGCAUAACCAAUCGAUCUCAAAAAAGAGAAGAAAAAGGUACACGUGUGCAUCGUUGGAUUAACGUUUAACGUUUUUAUUACUUUCAUUGAAAGUGUACGAAGACGUAAGUGACGUUGCGACGACGACGCAACGACGACGUGCGUAUACGAACGAGCGAUGUCUUACGAAUAAGCACGAACACGACCGAGCGGCGUUCUACGAGUAGGCACGAAUACGACCGAGCUUGGCCGAACGAGAUAGAGCGAAGAAUGCUACGAAGGCGAGUGAACGAAACAGAUACUGAAGAUCCCUAAAACAGUGGUGGCAGCUGUUUGAGGCAGUACGGAGAUCGAAGGGCAUCGUCCGAGUUAUACGGAUCGGUGCGUCCUAAGCGAACGACUACGACGACAUUAAUUAUAUACGUAUAACCCGACGCACGAUAAUCGUUCGUGCGAAAAACGAAUAAUCAUCGGUUCUUUCGAAAUUUCAUCACAGAGUUCUUUUUCUCUUUUCUGAUCUUAUACUUUUUUUCGUGUGUGAGACUGCGACUGUAAUAUCAACCAUAACGAAGUACACAUAAAUACAUAGAAAAACUUGCAUAUAUAUGUAUAUAUAUAUAUAUAAACACGUUGUAAACGCGUAGCGUGGUGUUAUUAGAACGAAGAAAAACGGGAGGAGGAAGGUCCAAGGUAUUAGCACGAAUAAAAGAGAGAACAAAAACGCAAGAUAAAAAUGUGGUACUCUUCGUCGGGGAGGAAUGCUGAACAGACAGAACAUCGGGAUAAUGUUGCAGACAAUAUCACUGAGGAAAAGUGGCAGAAAGAACGAGAGGACUCCGGUCGCAUUGAUUCUGGAUUUCUUUCCGGUGGAAAUCUGCAGAUUAGUUCCGAACUCGAUUGCUCGGAUUUGGACGUUAUACCGGAUAUUGGUGCCGUUGCGCCGGAACCAAUGAGAGCGGAUAGUGGAGUAGAUCUCGGUCUCAGCGAGAGCUUGAGCCAGUUAACGUUAAAGCAAGUAACUUUGAAUCCUUUGGCGAGUGGGAAGGUACAAACCGAGCCUACCAUUGAACUUGUACCUCUCGCUGAUCAUAAAAUUGGUAUUCUUGAACAACAACAAUUGCCUCAAGGAGUCAAAGUUCCGAUCAUUGAGAGAAAUGUCGGAACGUCUGAAAAUCACGAAAAGAGAAUCAAUAACGAUGAACCUUGGCAGCUUUACUACACUCAGGACGAUGAAGGAGACACACAGCUACAUAUCGCAAUUGUUCAAGGGUUUUUGGAGGCCGCGUUCAGCCUCAUUAGGAUGGCACCUCAUCCAUGCUUGCUCGAUAUCUUGAAUGACGACGGUCAAUCACCAUUACACUUGGCCGUGUUAACGCGUCAACCGAGAAUCGUUAGACGUUUAAUAUUGGCAGGUGCAAAUCCAUCCCUGAGAAAUUUCCGUGGUAACACGGCACUUCAUUUAACAUGCGAGACCGGCGAUUUGAGUUGCGCUAAGGCUUUAACCGAUCCCUUGUCUCCGGUCGAAAGAAAUUAUCUUCUACUUGGAAAGAAGAUACCAGCACUGCCACAAAAUUUAGAACAACGAAACUACGAUGGAGAAAUGUGUUUGCAUAUAGCCGCUUCCGGUGGUCAGGUUGAACUGGUACGCUUGUUGGUUAGACUUGGCGCUGAUCUUGAGGCACGCGAAGCACUCUCAGGCAAGACUGCCCUUCAUUUAGCCGUCGAACGUGGCUGCCGAUCUGUGGUAUCCUUUCUACUGCAUGAAUGCAGACCUUGCUUGGAUACGCCAACGUACGCGGGUAUUACCGUUUAUCAGUAUGCUCUUUGCUUCGAUGGACAACUUGCUAGGGAACUCGUUAGACUGGGUGCCACUCCAGAGCCUCUUCCCGAGACCGAUUCCGACGAAAGCGAUGACGAGGAUGGACCAACUAACGAUUAUCUACCCCCGAUAACAAGGCUCAAACAACAAAACGUUGUUGGCGUAAGGGUAUAAAAGAAAACGAGGAGGAGCGAAGGAAUGAAAUGAUAAAGUGGAAUUAUUAUUAUUUUUUUUUUCUUUGUUCUUUUUUCAAGAAGAUAGUAGAUCUGCAUGUUGCAAUUAUCGAAACAUAUAUAUGUUUAUAUCCUCAAUCUUAGGAUACAUAUUAUACAGAAAAAAAA